CGCGCCUUUUCAAGCGCGUGAUAGCAUUGAUUCUGAAUAUGAAAUGUUAACAAACAAAACUGUCGGCGAUUAAAGAGAGACUCAGUGUGUGUUUGCGUAUGAAUUCCCUGUUGACUGAUUGAGUGAAGCUGUGAUUCAAGUGCAAGAACCCCUUCCACUGCCAAAGGUGAGACUCACAGUCUCAGAUCAGAAUAUACAUCUUAAUUUUAUCCAUAUAAAGUAUAGCAAUUACAUCAGUUCAAGUUGAAAUCUUGUAAAUUUUCUUCUUAUUUGAUUUGAAGAAGAGGGUGUUGCAUCAAUGAGCUUUAAAGCUAAAUACCCAUUUCAGAAAUUAGUUUAGAUUCUGUAAUAUUGAGCUAAUUCUUUGAUUUAAUGAUGGUUAAUCAAGACCAUUCAUCUCCUAAACCUUCAAAACCCCAUUUCUUGAAACACAAAGCUGCACAUUAUUCUGAGACUAAAAAUCUUGACUUUUCCACAUGGGUAUCUGAGAACUCUGUUAAACUCACUGUUAUUUCAUUACUGACUCUUACUGUGGCAGCCCUUUUUUAUUUUCGUACUUCCAGUGUACCCUCUUCACUCCUAUGCUUCCAGAAUUCCCACCAAAGCCAGAUUAAAAAACCAGAGUUACCAAAAAUUGAUCUUGAUUCAGUACAACCAAUUUUAGAUAAGUCUUCUCCGUUUUCGUCGUUCCACUCAGAGCAAUGGAUUGUUGUAUCUGUAUCAGAUUACCCUUCCAGUUCACUCCAAAGUCUUGUUAGGUUAAAGGGUUGGCAAGUUCUUGCAAUAGGCAAUUCAAGAACCCCGAAAGAUUGGAGCUUGAAAGGUGCAAUUUUUCUUUCUCUGGAGCAACAAGCGAGUUUGGGGUUUAGAGUGGUGGAUUUCCUUCCUUAUGAUUCGUAUGUGAGGAAGAGCGUCGGGUAUCUUUUUGCAAUCCAACAUGGUGCAAAGAGAAUAUUUGAUGCUGAUGAUCGUGGGGAAGUGAUUGGUGGGGAUCUUGGGAAGCAUUUUGAUUUGGAAUUGGAUGGUGCCACUGCUAAGAAGCAAAGGAUUUUGCAGUAUAGUCUUGAGAUUGAGAAUAAGACUGUUGUCAAUCCUUAUAUACAUUUUGGGCAAAGGUCAGUUUGGCCUAGAGGAUUGCCACUGGAAAGUGUUGGUUUUGUAAAUCAUGAAGAGUUCUAUACUGAAGUGUCGGGAGGAAGGCAAUACAUACAACAAGGAAUAUCAAAUGGGCUACCUGAUGUUGAUUCAGUUUUUUAUUCUACAAGAAAGACUGGGUCAGAAGCAUUUGAUAUUAUAUUUGAUGAACAUGCCCCGAAAGUGGCAUUGCCUCAAGGUCUAAUGGUGCCUAUCAAUUCAUUCAACACAUUGUUUCACUAUAAUGCGUUUUGGUCGUUGAUGCUCCCAGUGUCAGUCAGCACCAUGGCUUCUGAUGUCUUAAGAGGUUAUUGGGCACAACGGUUGUUAUGGGAGAUUGGCAGCUUUGUUGUGAUGUAUCCUCCUACUCUACACAGGGAUGACAAUGUUGAAGCAUAUCCAUUUUCAGACGAAAAAGAUUUGCAUGUAAAUGUGGGUCGCUUAAUCAGAUUUUUAGUUUCUUGGAAAUCUGAAAAACAAAGGCUGUUUGAGAAAAUCUUAGAAUUGAGCCAUUCAAUGGCACUAGAAGGGUUUUGGAGCGAGAAUGAUGUCAAAUUUACAGCUGCAUGGUUGCAAGACUUGGCCGCUGUUGGGUAUCAGCAGCCAAGUCUGAUGGCAGUACAGUUAGAUCUGCAAAAGGCAGCUGUUAAACAUGGAGAUAAAAAGGAAUUUGUCCCCCGAAAACUACCUUCUGUACAUCUUGGGGCUGAGGAAUCAGGUACAGUAAAUUACGAAAUUGGGAACUUGAUAAGGUGGAGGAAGAAUUUUGGCAAUGUUGUGCUAAUUAUGUUUGUUACUGGGCCCGUGCAACAAACCGCAUUAGAAUGGAGAUUGUUAUAUGGAAGGAUCUUCAAAACUGUGGUUAUACUGUCAACACAAGCUGAUGCAGACCUUGCUGUUGAGCAUGGACAAUUGGAUCAAGCAUACAAGUAUCUUCCAAGAAUAUUCGAAAGAUUUAAUAGCACAGAAGGAUUUCUCUUCCUACAGGACAAUACAAUUUUGAACUACUGGAACCUUUUGCAAGCUGACAAAUCUAAGUUGUGGAUCGCCAAUAAGGUGCCUACAUCUCGAAACAUGAUCAACGGAAAGGACUCCUCAUGGUUUGUCAAGCAAGCAGAUAUGGUGAAGAAAGUAGUAAGCACAAUGCCAGUUCACCUACAAGUCAAUUACAAGGAGAAUGGCCCAACUGAUCAGACCAUCGCCUUGUGCGGCUCUGAGGUGUUCUAUGUUCCUCAACGUUUCGUUCAGGACUUCGUUGAUCUUGUAGACCUGGUUGGUGAUCUGGAUAUACACCACAAAAUUGCUGUUCCCAUGUUCUUCAUGGCCAUGGAUUUACCUCAGAACUUUGACACCUUGCUGAAUAAAAUGGUUUAUAAGACAGGAGCGGCAUCUACCAAUUUGUUAAAACUGUAUUCAGCUCAAGUACCAGCUGUGCACCCAUUGGUUGUUUCCACUGAAUCUGAUUUUAUAAAGUUAAUAAGACUCAUGGCAGCUGGUGAUCCUUUGCUGAUGGAACUGGUUUAGGAUCUCAUGUUAGUUUGAUACUGAAAUUUUAGAAGACAACAUCAUGUACAAUAGAGUUACUAUUCCAACUGCUCAUUCCCAACUUGGAGGAAAAAGAAAAAGAUAGAGUUUAUAGUGAAAUCUUAUAGUUAUUUUUUCUUCUUCAGAGAUGGAUCUCUAUUAGUCUUUCAAGUGUGUAUUCCUGGUCGUUCCUCUGUUUGUUAUCCACCUGUAUAAACCUUAUUUGAUUGAUUUUUUAUUCUGGACUUUUUAUCUUCUGUGGA